GUGCAAACAAUGCAGCCAGGGCUCCCCAGCAGCGGUCAGGGCUGGCUGUUAUUCCAUACGAGCUCCUUGCAGCACAAACCAACUACGUGCCCCUCACAAGUGGCAUCUGCCAGCAUUAUUUGCUUUCUUUUAUAGCUUUAAGAGUAAUGCACAGCGCUGGCCGUGCGGCAGGGAGGUUCAUUCACUGCCGGGUGGCUGGGAGCGAGCUGGGCAGCAGCUUGAUGCUGUUUUUCAUCUGCACUGGCUCAGUUGGAAGGAGCUGCUUUUUUCUACAGAUGGUUCAGUUGAUGGUGGCUUUUUUCUUUUUGUAAGCGGUUAAAUUAUCAGCUGAGAUACCCAGAGAAUUUAGCAGCAGGUUUUGCACUUCUUGCUUGCUAAUUGAGGUCCUGUGAACUCCCCAUUCGUUUUGAAAUGGUAAAGAACCACGUGACGUGCCGUUAAUUAAGCUCUUCAGCGGUACGCGAAUGAACCGCCCCCAGAUUUGCAGCAGAGCCCUGACCUGCAGAUCCAACGCGGCAGGUUUGGGUUGGUGGCUGAAUGCCUUCGUGUUAGGAACGGAUGCUUUGCAACUCAAAGCAGUUGGCAUUGCUUUGUGAUCCGUGUUGGAUGCCCAUCGCGGUGCUCCCAGCGCCCGUCCUGCCCGCGUGCUUUUAGAUGCUGAAGUCUGGCCGAAGGGCUUCAUCAAGAGCGAUUUUUCCUUGUCUGCUUGCUGUUGUGCUAAAUAAUCAAGGAGAUAACAGUACUGAAGAAUUUAGCUUAAGGAGUCUAAUUCGAUGCUUUGGGACCUUUUGCACCUGGGAUUAUGCAUGGGAAAAGAAGGAAAACCCCACGGUGCUGCCCCUCUGCAACACUCCCAGCAGCCUUCAUCCUGCUUUCCUGACCCAGAGCUUGAGGUGCAGCGUGGUUCCAUGUGAGCUGGCUUUUAAAUGGGGGAUGUCAUCACAUCCCUGCCACGUGCUUUCCCUGGCUGGCUGUUGCUGCCCCAUAAUGUGAUGCUGGGGCACCAGCAAAGCCCCCCAGCACGAAGUGGGACACAGCAGGGGCUGCUUCCUGCACUGUUUGUUUUGGUUGCUGAGUGAUGACAAGCGAGCAAACAAGAUCUGCGUUUCACAUCUGCUCCCGAGACUCUUCUUACUCUUUGUACUGCAACAUCCUCCGUGGCUGCAUGUUCUGACCUCCAGAAACGUUUCAGAAUUGUUUCAGACACAACGAAGUAGAACCAACUCAUGCUCUCCAACUCAUCACCAGCACUGUGUGUCCUUGGGCUCCUGGUCCUGAUGUCCAGGACAUACAGCUCCUGUAAUUUGCAUCUGGAUAUCAGGAAAUGAUGCAUUCCGACAAUAUUUCACCUAACGCCGGGGACAGACCAGCAGAAAUAACUCAUACCAACAGAUUUACAGGUGAUGGUUUCUGCGGCAUGGAGGCAGUGGGGCAGCUGAGCUCCUGUCUGCAAGUGCUUAAAGUUGCUGUUACCGAUUAAUCAUGACAGCUUACAGGAUUUAUGGAAUCUGCAUGGUAAUCGGUGCGGAGCCAUGCCUGCAGGUCAGGAGGUUAAAAUCAUUGAUGAGGACUCUCCAGCGGCUGGUUGUGCAUCUCAUCUCCCCUCAUUGUCUGCUCCCAGCCCUGCUGAGGACAAGAAGAAUUAAGAACCAUGUGAGGGACGUUGCUGGGGCACAGGUCGGCCAUUCCCAGGAUGGAUCAGAGGAGGACCUGCCCUUGGGCACUGCGCUCCGAUGGCGAUGGCAGGUCAGCAUCUCUGCUCUGCCUCCUCCUGGCGUCGCUCUCCUGGAGUGCAUCCAGCAGCACCUCAUUCAGCACUUUCCAUUCUGAGCACCGGGACUGGACUUUCAACCACCUGACCGUCCACCAGAGCACCGGGGCCGUUUACGUCGGAGCCAUCAAUAGGGUUUACAAGCUUUCGGGUAACUUGACCAUUUUAGUGGCUCACAAAACCGGUCCCGAGGAGGACAACAAAUCCUGCUACCCUCCCCUCAUCGUGCAGCCCUGCAGUGAGGUGCUGACCCUCACCAACAACGUCAACAAGCUGCUGAUCAUUGACUACUCCGAGAACCGGCUGCUGGCUUGUGGCAGCCUGUACCAAGGAGUGUGCAAGCUGCUGCGCCUGGACGACCUGUUCAUCCUGGUGGAGCCCUCACACAAGAAGGAGCAUUACCUGUCCAGUGUCAACAAGACAGGCACCAUGUAUGGCGUCAUCGUGCGCUCCGAGGGCGAGGAUGGGAAGCUCUUCAUUGGGACAGCGGUGGAUGGGAAGCAGGAUUAUUUCCCCACGCUCUCCAGCCGGAAGCUUCCCCGCGAUCCAGAGUCGUCGGCGAUGUUGGAUUAUGAGCUCCACAGUGACUUUGUCUCGUCCCUCAUCAAAAUCCCCUCGGACACCUUGGCCCUCAUCUCGCACUUUGAUAUCUUCUACAUCUACGGCUUUGCCAGUGGCAAUUUUGUCUAUUUUUUGACUGUCCAACCAGAGACCCCGGAGGGCGUCUCCAACUCUGCCAGUGACCUCUUCUACACAUCCCGCAUCGUCCGGCUCUGCAAAGAUGACCCCAAAUUCCACUCCUACGUCUCUCUGCCCUUCGGCUGCGUCAGGGGGGACACGGAGUACCGCCUGCUGCAGGCAGCCUACCUGUCGAAGCCAGGGGAUGUGCUGGCCAAAUCCCUCAAUAUCACAGCCCAGGAGGAUGUCCUCUUUGCCAUUUUCUCCAAGGGACAGAAGCAGUACCAUCAGCCGCCGGAUGACUCCGCGCUCUGUGUUUUCCCAAUUCGUGCUGUCAAUGCCCAGAUCAAGGACCGGCUGCAGUCUUGCUACCAGGGGGAGGGCAACCUGGAGCUCAACUGGCUGCUGGGGAAGGAUGUCCAGUGCACCAAAGCGCCUGUUCCAAUCGAUGACAAUUUCUGUGGGCUCGACAUCAACCAGCCCCUGGGUGGCUCAGUGCCAGUGGAUGGUGUGACACUCUUCACCUCCAGCCGGGACCGGAUGACUUCUGUUGCUUCAUACAUCUACAAUGGCUACAGCGUGGUGUUCGUGGGGACUAAAAAUGGCAAAGUGAAGAAGAUCCGAGCAGAUGGCCCUCCCCAUGGUGGAAUUCAGUAUGAGAUGGUGACAGUUUUCAAGGACGGGAGCCCGGUGCUCCGGGACAUGGCUUUCUCCAUUGACCACAAGUUCCUGUACGUGAUGUCGGAGCGGCAGGUGUCCCGUGUGCCCGUGGAGUCCUGUGAGCAGUACACGACCUGUGCAGAGUGCCUGAGCUCGGGGGACCCGCACUGCGGCUGGUGCACGCUGCACCACACGUGCUCCCCACGGGACAGCUGUGAGAGGGCUGACGAGCCACACCGCUUUGCAGACAGCAUCGGGCAGUGCAUGAGCAUCAUGGUGCAGCCCAGCAGCAUCUCCGUGUCGCAGCACAGCCUGCCGCUCAGCCUGCUGGUGAGCGAUGCCCCGGACCUGGCAGCUGGUGUCACCUGCCUCUUUGGGAACCUGACAGAAGUAGAGGGUCAGGUGGUGGGCAGCCGAGUUGUGUGCGUCUCACCGGCUGCGAGGGAUGUCCCAGCCAUACCCGUGGAUCAAGACUGGUUCGGUGUGGUGCUGCAGCUGAAAUCACAGGAGACGGGAAGAACAUUCGUCAGCACCGAGUUCAAGUUCUACAACUGCAGUGCCCACCAGCUGUGCCUCUCCUGUGUGAACAGUGCAUUCCGCUGCCACUGGUGCAAGUACCGCAACCUGUGCACCCACGAUCCCACCACCUGCUCCUUCCAGGAGGGACGGAUCAACAUCUCAGAGGACUGCCCCCAGCUCUUCCCCACCGAGGAGAUCCUGAUCCCGGUUGGAGAAGUGAAACCCAUCACUUUGAAAGCCCGGAAUCUUCCACAACCUCAAUCUGGCCAACGUGGCUACGAAUGUGUGCUGAACAUCCAGGGCGUCAUCCACCGCGUGCCCGCGCUGCGCUUCAACAGCUCCAGCGUGCAGUGCCAGAACAGCUCGUAUCUCUACGAUGGGAUGGACAUCAGCAACUUAGCAGUGGACUUUGCUGUGGUGUGGAAUGGGAACUUUGUCAUUGACAACCCGGAGGAUGUGAAAGUGCACCUUUACAAGUGCGCAGCACAGCGUGAGAGCUGCGGGCUCUGCCUGAAGGCCGACCCCAAAUUUGAGUGUGGGUGGUGCAGCGGGGAGGGCAGGUGCACCCUGAGGCCCCAUUGCAGCCCCCAGCCCUGGCUCGACUGGUCCAGCAGGAACGUCAAAUGCUCCAACCCACGCAUCUCUGAGAUCCUGACGGUGUCGGGACCCCCAGAAGGAGGCACCAGAGUGACCAUCCGUGGCGUCAACCUGGGCCUGGACUUCUCAGAGAUUGCCCGUGGUGUGCAGGUGGCAGGAGUGCCGUGUGCUCCUCUGCCGGAGCAGUACAUCAUCGCCGAGCAGAUCGUCUGUGAGAUGGGGCAGGCACUCCCUGGGAUCAGCUCUGGCCCAGUGCUUCUGUGCAUCGGAGAGUGCAAGCCUGAGUUCACGGCCAAGUCGGUGCAGCACUACACAUUUGUGACACCAACUGUGAGCUUCCUGAGCCCCAGCCGUGGCCCUGAGUCAGGUGGGACGCUGGUGACCAUCACAGGGCAGCACCUGGGUGCUGGCAGCCACGUCUCCGUGCUCCUGGGCAACCAGAGCUGCGCCUUUCAGGGGCGAUCCAUGAGUGAGAUUGUGUGCCUGUCAGCACCCUCAGCACACGGCCUGGGGCCCGUCCACGUCUCCGUGAGCGUUGACCGUGCUCAGCUCGAGCAGACUCUGCUGUUUGAAUACAUCGAUGACCCCAAAGUGCAGAACAUUGAGCCUGAGUGGAGCAUCGCCAGUGGGCACACGCCUCUGACCAUCACUGGCUCCAACCUGGACAUCAUCCAAGAGCCGCGCAUCCGCGUCAAGCACAACGGCAGGGAGUCCAUCAAUGUGUGUGUGGUGCUGAAUGCCACAGCACUGAGCUGCCUUGCACCCGCCCUGGCCCCCGAGCCCCGGCCCACCAUGGAUGCCGUCGAGCGACCCGAUGAGUUCGGCUUCAUCUUCAACAACGUGCAGUCCCUGCGGGUCUACAAUGACACCAAGUUCAUCUACUACCCCAACCCCACCUUUGAGCCCCUGAGCUCCAGUGGGAUGCUGGAGCAGAAGCCGGGGUCACCCAUCAUCCUGAAGGGCAAAAACCUGUGCCCGCCUGCUUCUGGAGGAGCCAAACUCAACUACACAGUGCUGGUUGGAGAGACGCCCUGCACCGUCACCGUGUCUGAAACACAGCUGCUGUGUGAGCCACCGACCCUCAGCGGGCAGCACAAAGUGACGGUGCGUGUCGGCGGCAUCAUCUUCUCCCCCGGCUCGGUGAGCAUCACCUCUGACAGCCUGCUGACCCUGCCAGCCAUCGUCAGCAUCGCGGCCGGCGGCAGCCUGCUCCUCAUCAUCGUCAUCAUCGUGCUCAUCGCCUACAAGCGCAAGUCCCGGGAGAACGACCUGACCCUCAAGAGGCUGCAGAUGCAGAUGGACAACCUGGAGUCCCGAGUGGCACUGGAGUGCAAAGAGGCUUUUGCAGAGCUGCAGACAGACAUCAAUGAGUUAACCAGUGACCUGGACCGUUCUGGCAUCCCAUACCUCGACUACCGGACGUAUGCCAUGAGGGUCCUCUUCCCUGGCAUUGAGGAUCACCCCGUUCUGCGGGAGCUGGAGGUCCAAGGGAACGGGCAGCAGAGCGUGGAGAAAGCCCUGAAGCUCUUCGCUCAGCUGAUCAACAACAAAGUCUUCCUGCUGACCUUCAUCCGCACGCUGGAGCUGCAGCGCAGCUUCUCCAUGCGCGACCGCGGCAACGUGGCCUCGCUCAUCAUGACGGGGCUGCAGGGCCGGCUGGAAUACGCCACCGAUGUGCUGAAGCAGCUGCUGUCCGACCUCAUCGAGAAGAACCUGGAGAACAAGAACCACCCCAAGCUGCUGCUGCGCAGGACAGAGUCAGUGGCUGAGAAGAUGCUGACGAAUUGGUUUGCUUUCCUCCUCCACAAAUUUCUCAAGGAAUGUGCCGGAGAGCCACUCUUCAUGCUGUACUGUGCCAUCAAGCAGCAGAUGGAGAAGGGCCCAAUUGAUGCCAUCACGGGGGAAGCCCGCUAUUCGCUCAGUGAGGACAAGCUGAUCCGGCAGCAGAUUGAGUACAAGACCCUGAUCUUGAACUGUGUGAAUCCAGACAACGAGAACAGUCCAGAGAUCCCUGUGAAGGUGCUGAACUGCGAUACCAUCACCCAGGUCAAAGAGAAAAUCCUUGAUGCGGUGUACAAGAACGUCCCCUAUUCCCAGCGACCGAGAGCUGUUGACAUGGAUUUGGAGUGGCGGCAGGGCCGCAUCGCACGCGUGGUGCUGCAGGAUGAAGACAUCACCACCAAGAUUGAAGGCGACUGGAAGCGACUGAACACCUUGCUGCACUACCAGGUGUCAGACCGCUCCGUUGUGGCUCUUGUCCCCAAGCAGACCUCCUCCUACAACAUCCCUGCCUCCGCCAGCAUCUCCCGCACGUCCAUCAGCAGAUACGAUUCCACCUUCCGUUACACUGGCAGCCCUGACAGCCUGCGCUCCCGAGCCCCCAUGAUCACCCCAGACCUGGAGAGUGGUGUCAAAGUCUGGCACCUGGUGAAAAACCACGACCAUGGUGACCAGAAGGAGGGGGACCGGGGCAGCAAGAUGGUGUCCGAGAUCUACCUGACAAGGCUGCUGGCUACAAAGGGCACGCUGCAGAAGUUUGUGGAUGACCUCUUUGAGACGUUGUUCAGCACGGUGCACCGCGGCAGCGCGCUCCCCUUGGCCAUCAAGUACAUGUUUGACUUCCUGGACGAGCAGGCAGAUAAGCACGGCAUCCACGACACAGAUGUACGGCACACCUGGAAGAGCAAUUGCCUCCCUCUCCGCUUCUGGGUGAACGUGAUCAAAAACCCGCAGUUCGUCUUUGACAUCCACAAAGGCAGCAUCACGGAUGCCUGCCUCUCGGUUGUGGCUCAGACCUUCAUGGACUCAUGCUCCACCUCCGAGCACCGCCUGGGCAAGGAUUCCCCAUCCAACAAGCUGCUGUACGCCAAGGACAUCCCCAGUUACAAGAGCUGGGUGGAGAGGUAUUAUGCAGACAUUGCCAAGCUGCCAGCCAUCAGCGACCAGGACAUGAAUGCAUACCUGGCUGAGCAGUCACGUCUGCAUUCAGCUGAGUUCAACAUGCUGAGCGCACUCAACGAGAUCUAUUCCUACGUCAGCAAAUACAGCGAGGAGCUCAUUGGGGCUUUGGAGCAGGACGAACAGGCACGGAGGCAGCGUCUGGCAUACAAAGUAGAGCAACUCAUUGGUGCCAUGUCCAUCGAGAGCUGAAGGAAGGCUGCAGUGCGCACGGACAGCGAGGGGCAAGAGCAUGGCACGGAUGCCUGGGGAUUCAGAGGGAGAACAAGCAGAAAGGCACUGCACACCCCAACAACCACCCUCAUCAAGGGGAGCAGGGAUGGCCCAGGGGCUGGCUGCGCUCAAAAUCACAUGGGAUCUGGUUUGAAAAGGCAGGAAGAUCAAGAGACAAAGCACCGCAAUCAGCGUUAACUCAAGGUGGAUGGCUUCUGGUAUUCAUGGAAAGGUAGAACCUGCAACGUCUGGAUGUGUCCAUGGCUGCUGCUUUGCAUGAAAAUCGUCUGAUGUAUAUUAGGAAAUAAAACUUUAUUUAAAGGUGUUUUUGGAGAAAAAAACAAAAAACAGAAUCAGAACAAAA